CCUAAAUAUUUUGAAAUUGCUAAUUUAAGAUUCUGCAUUGUUUUGCUCAUUUUUAAAGAAAGAAUAAAUUUAGGCGUUAAAAAAAAAUGGCUAUAUUUGGUGUUCAGUUAGUUGUGACUAUGGUCAUGGCUAGUGUAUUACAGAAGAUUUCAGCGCAUUUUUCUGUAGCUAGGUGGCUGUUAUCGUACAGGCUUACUCGAUACCUUCAUCCUACUGAUGAAGAAUUGCUUUCAGUUGCUGGCUUGCAGCGAAAUCCAGAAAAACCCAAAGGGAAAAAGGGUAAAAAUAGGAAAGAAGAUGCUGGAGAUUCAGAAUUUAUGGUUCCUAAAAACAUAGAUCUUCAAUUAGAUGUUGCUCCAGUGCAACCAAAUGACAUGAUCCAGCUCCAUUAUUAUUCAGAAUACCAGUGGUUGUUGGAUUUUUCUUUAUGUGCAUUGAUCGUUUAUGUUGUAACAGAAGUCUAUUAUUUCCUUAUACCAGCUAAAGAAGAAGUUAAUCUCAGCAUUCUCUGGUGUGUGCUAGUUGUUGGCUUUGCAGCAAAAAUUUUGCUGUCACUGACUGCUCUGUAUUUCCGAGGUGAAGAGGCUGUUGGGGAGCGAUCUUUAUGUUUAACUGCUGGUUUUCUAUUUUUCUUUAUUGCUAUGGUUGUCCUCAUUGCGGAUGAAGAAUUUUUAGAAUUUGGAUUGGAACCAGCAUAUUCUAGUUUCAAUGCAAGUGCUCAUUCAUUUUUAAUGGAUCAAGGCUUAGACUCCAGUGGACCUGCAUCUAAAUUGAUGUUUAAACUUUGUUUGGCUCUAUGGUGUGGUUUUGUUGGAUCCUUUUUUACGUUUCCAGGCUUGCGAUUAGCCAGAAUGCACAAGGAUGCUUUAAAAUACUGUGCUGAAAGACCAUUUUUGAAAACUCUUCUUCAUAUCAGCUUCAUCUCACCUGUAUUUGUUCUGCUAAUGUGGGUGAAACCUAUUAGCAGACAUUACUUCACAGAAAUGACAUGGCCAGGCAUACCUAAUACUUUGAUGACACCUGAUUCAUUUGAUACAACACGUUUAGUUUUAAUUAUUGUCGUGUUGGCAAUAAGAUUUUUCCUUAUGCCUCAUUAUUUGCAGUCUUAUUUAAAUCUGGCACCUGAAAAAGUAAGGAAUUUAAAGAAAGAAGCUGGUCGCAUCAGUAAUAUAGAACUUCAAAAAAUGGUAGCAAGAGUUUUCUAUUAUUUGUGUGUUGUAACUCUGCAAUAUUUGACACCUCUAAUGUUGUGUUUAUUUUCAACUCUUAUGUUGAAAACUUUAGGUGAUUAUAAAUGGAGCAGCUAUGUUCUUACACCUCAGUCAACAGAGAUUGUGAACACCACUGUGAAAGCAUCACCUUUGCCCAUCAGUAGUGAUAUUUUGGAAUCUAGUCAACAAUUUUCAUUAACAUUAAUAAGCUUGAAGAAGGUAUUCACACCAGUACUGUAUCGUGGUAUCUUGGGAUUCAUGACAUGGUGGCUAUGUGCUGUAUGGUUUAGUACAAGUGCUAUAGGACUAAUAUACUAUUCUUAUUAUGUUUAAAAAAUUGCAGCUUAAAUUUUGUAAACAAAUUGAAAAAUCUCACUUAUUUUUAGUUUUGUAAGAAAAACUACAAUCAAAUUGUGGAAUUUGUUUAUAUAGUUGUUUUUUUCAUACUACUGUUUCUUAAAGGUGAUCCCAUAAAACAGGAAAAUGUUUUAUUUCUUUCAUAUGAAUGAUGUGUGAUUGUUUCUAUAUUAAGGAGAAGUGUUACUGUUUUCAUUUCUCAGAAGAUUUGCAUUUGGAUUUUUUAUUUUUUAUUUUAGUAUGUGACUCAGAGAUAAAAAAAAUUGUUGGAAUUGUUAUUUUGUUAUAUAUGUGUUAUUAGUUCAAAUUGAAUAAUGGUAUAAUAAGGAUUGGCCUGCUGCUUUGUCCAUCAUCUAUCUGUUAUAAAUAAUUGGCAAAAACUCAUUCCUCCAUCCUCAAAAACUAUUAAUUAUUCCAAUUUCUUUUUCAUAUGUAAGUCAUCAGUUGUAGUAUGAAAGCCAUAAAUUUCAUAUCAAAUCAGUGGUGCCUUUCUCAGAACUACUGUCCAUUUCUGAGAAAUAUUUGAAAAGUAUUACUUCAUUUGAAUUAACCCUUAGUGAACCCUUAAAAGAGUUCUCUAGUUAUAACAACUAAAUAUAAUAUUUAACAUGUUAAUUUUUAUAAUUUUUAUUUUGCAUGAAAGCCCAUGAUUCCUAGAUUAUCAUCAUGAGUUACCUGCAACUUGUGUUUCAAUUUUCAAGAGAUACUACAAAAUAAAUCUUAGAAAAUUUCCUAAUAGAGAAUGUAUAAUGGAGCAUUUUUUUUAAAUUAUUAUUUUUUUUUAUUUCUCUUUAAAAUGUUGGUGAUAGAAAACAGAUGGUUCUUGUGUCUUGUCUAUUGUGCGCCUUUGUACGAAAUAAAACUUUUUGGAAUCGGUGUGAUGCUUUGAGCUAAUGAACUCAGUCACAAGAUUUCCCCAUAGACUGUGACUGUGGUGGGAUUUUUUUUUUUUUUUUUUCAAUUUUUUUCCCCCUUAAAGUAGUGGAAGGCAAACAAACAUCUUUAAUGACUUAUCUAGAAGUCGUAAGUCAUAUGAAACAAAAAUUGGUAAGUUAAAAACAAACAUUUGAUGGCUGGAUGACUAGUUCAUUGGUUUUCCUUAUUACAUUAUAUAUGACUCUAGUUCAUUUAGAAUGGUUAAAAUAUGUAAGCAAUGCCUUUGUUCAAAAAAUUUGUAUGAUAAAUUUAAAAAAUGUGAGAUAGUAGCUUUAUUGAAAAAUUAAAAAGAAUUGAUAAUUAUGGUAGCUAGAUAUUAACAGAUGGUAUCUGCUUAUUAUUUUAAAAGUUAAAUUGAAUUAUCAUUGCCAUAUUGUUUGGUGUUUCUCAACUGAUGUCAGUAUACUUUUGACUGUAGCAUAUAAUAAAUGAUGUUGUGCUGUAAUCAAAAUAUAUUGACAUCAUUUUUCAUGUUGCUAACAUUAUUACCCGUUUUUUAUUGUUCUAAGUAAUUAUACAUGUACAGGAAAAUGCAUGAAAUCAUUAUAUGAAUAAUUGUAUUAAACCAAUAAUAUGCUGAUUAUAUUAAAUCUUAAUUAAUAUAUUUAGUAAUAGAAAGUGGAAAUUUUUUUUCACUAAGAUCUGUACACAUUUUUUGAUAAAAGUACAUUGCUGUGAAAUGCAUUUGUUCAGUGAGUUUUUAUUAAGGUAUUGUUAUAACAUUACCUUAAUACAUUAUAUUGUUUGUAUUGUUAAAAACAGAAGGGUUUUUGAAAAAGAAAACAUGUAAUAAUGAUUGAUAACUUUAGGGAUGGGGUUAAAUGCUGGCUAAUAUAUAGUACGAUACCUUUGUGCAAUAACUUUGGAUGAAUGUUUUAAUCCAGUUUACACAGAAAUUUGAUUGAAAAAUUUAACCAAAACAUUAUUACUUACAAAAGGAUAUAUAUAUAUAUAUAAAUGCACUGUACUAUAAGUAAUGUAUUAUAUUGUACAAAAAAUCAAAAUUAGAUUUAUUGUACUAUGCCUAUAAAGUAAGUGCUUAAAUCACACCACUGUAGUCAUAGGCAAAUAAUGCUGUGUUUCAUUUUUUUAAAAAAUAUUUUUGUUUCAAGAUUAACCAAGCAUGUAAUUCAUGUUCUUGAUUUAUUUGAAGAUAAUCAAAACUUUAGUGAAAUUUGUUAUAAGAUAUCAAGAUUUUGAUGUUUUCUGUUGUUUUAUAGUUUACUGUAAACUUUUUAGCUUAAUAAUCAAAAUGAACUCUUGAUUUCAUCCAUCAUUUCCUUUUUCUUACAACUGCAAACCAUAUUUUCAUCAAUGUAUUUUUUUUUUUUUAAAGAUCGAAUUUUAUUUUUCAACUCAAAUCAUAUUAUUUCAACAUAUUCAAGGAAUAUCCUUGAGUGAGAUCUGACUGUUUAGAAUUAAAAUGAUUCUUUUAAAUUUUUGAAAGUACCCAAAUGAUUUUCAAAAAAAAUAAAAGCUCUGCUAUGUAAAACUAUCAUUUUCUUUCACUCUUAGCUAAGAUACUCAUAAUUUAACAAAAUGUGAGAGUAUUUUAAAGUCCAAUCAACAUGUGUAUCUUAAAUUGAAAAAUGGAUGCUUUGACCUUUGAGAUAUUUUCUAAUUUAAUUUGUCAAA